AUGGGUCUUGGUUUUAGUUGCCUCGGCCUCGGCGCUGCCUCUUGGGUGUCUUCUGCGAUCGCUUCUUGCUUUUCUGCAGCUGCUUGUAGCUUAGCAUUCAAGUCAUGUAAUUGUAAUAAUUCCAUUGCGACGAGAGUCGGCUUUGCACUUAUAUUUAUCAUGAAUUCCAUUCUCGCUUGGAUAAUGUUGUCGGAAUGGGCAUUAAAGCAGCUAGAAAAAAUUAGUCUUGAUUAUCUAAAAUUAACUUGUAAAAAGGAUGAUGGAGAAGAUGGAAUUUGUUACGGUGUGCUAGCAGUACAUCGUAUAUGUUUUGCACUUUCAUUGUUUCAUUUUAUUUUAGGGCUUUUGGUCAUCAAAGUUAAUGAUACUCGCGACAAACGGGCUUCCAUCCAAAACGGAUGGUGGGGACCUAAAGUCUUAUUGUGGAUAACUCUUAUUAUUAUUUCCUUUUUUAUUCCUAAUGGAUUUUUCAUGUUCUGGGGCAAUUAUAUCGCCUUAAUUGGUGCUAGCUUGUUUAUUAUAGUUGGUUUGAUACUUUUAAUUGACUUUGCUCAUUCGUGGAGCGAAACUUGCAUUGAGAAACUUGAAGAAACUGAUGAUAAUAAAUGGAAAUAUAUCCUUAUUGGUUCCACAAUUGCUUUGUUUUUGGGUGCGAUGUUACUUACUGGUAUCAUGUAUGGAUACUUUGCUAAAGGUGGAUGCCAUCUUAACCAAUUCUUUAUUACAUUCAAUCUUAUAUUAUGUAUAAUCGGGACAAUCUUAUGCGUUCAUCCUGAGAUUCAAAUUGCAAAUCCUCGUUCUGGACUUUCGCAGGCUUCAGUUGUUGUUCUUUAUUGUACAUAUUUAAUCACAAGUGCGGUGGUAAAUGAACCGAGCGAAUGUAAUCCGUUGACACAAAGCAGUGGAACGCGUACAACUACUAUCGUUAUAGGAGCAAUAUUUACCUUUUUGGCGAUUGCAUAUUCGACGACACGAGCUGCUAGUCAAGGCAAGGCAUUAAUAACUAAAUCGGAUUAUCAUCCUUUAAAUACUGCUACAGCAGUACCUUUGAUGACUAACCAGCCAAACGGACUCAAUCCCAACAUGCGAUCUGAAUCGGUGUUGGCUGCUUCCGUUGAAAGUGGGAAUAACGUGUCUACGGAGGGCGAUAAAAAUGACGGUGAACUUGUUAAAAUUGGUCAAACGUAUACCGCCGUAUGGGUUAAAGUCAUUUCAAGCUGGGCUUGUUUCAUAUUAUACGCAUGGACUUUGGUUGGACCAGUAUUGAUGCCUGAUCGAUUUGAGAAUUAG